AUGUGGACUGGUACAAUGCCUUUGAUCAGUACAGCUCUAGCGACGAAAUCUAUAAAAGAUGUUGAUUUCACACAGCUGCGUUCGCUCCGUGUGAAAAAUUUGAAACCUUCCGCGAGUGAGCCAAUUGAUGGUAUCCCACAAAUGUUUUUAGGAAAUGCAGCACCUCCUUGGAACAUUCCACAGCUUUGGAGAAAGGCAAUUAUAACGGCUGUUCCCAAAAGCGUAGGAUCUAACAGAGUUAAAUACUGGCGUGUUGGAAAAUUCACUCAUGCAGCUGAACAGCACGAUUCCUACCUGGGCUUCUACUGCCACCACACCUAUGACACUCUUCUUAUGAGCACUGCAAAGGCCAUCAACUGCGGGAAAUCUGUAGAUGUCAUCCAUUUUGAUCUUUCGAAGGCCUUCGAUAAGGUCUGCCACACAAAACUGUUUGCCAAACUAGAUCCGUGGCAAGACGCUUACCUGGCUGUCAUCAUAUCUCAAUGGCAGGAGAGCAGAUAG